CAAUCGAUUGGGCUAUUUUGCGUUCAAAGUGCUUCGCAAUGAGCAACUCGCUGGUCGAUGUCCACUCGCAGCCGUACGUAGCGGCACCGCCGCUGGAACCGAGUUCCCUCCUGCAGGUGGCGCUCCGGAUCGUGCAGACCCUGCUGGACCUGCUGGCGGUACUGAUUCGCAGCGUACCGCUGUGGUUCGAGCUGUUGGUGGAGAUCUUCGCGCCGUCAAAGCCCAAGACCAUUGGCGGUCAAACCGCGCUCGUGACGGGCGGUGCCAACGGGAUUGGACGGGCCAUCGCGGCGGAGCUGGCCCGCGAGGGAUGCAACGUGGUGCUGGUUGAUCUGGACGGGGAGAACGGCGAACGGGUCGCCGAUGAGUUGAGACGGUACAACGUGAAGACCGUUGCGUACAAGUUUGACGUCGCCGAUUACGACCAGGUGCGGGAGCUGCACCGUCAGGUUGAGCGUGACAUCGGACCGGUGGACAUUCUGGUGAACAAUGCCGGCGUGCUGCCGUUCCUGACCCAGGACGAAAACCUCCCCUCGCAGAUCAAGCGCAUGAUGGACGUGAACGUGUUGGGACAGUUCUGGACGGUGGAGCAAUUCCUACCCAGUAUGAUCCGGCGCCGCAAGGGACACAUCGUGGCCAUUGGAUCCGCGUCGGCGUACACGCCGGUCGGUUGGAUGCGGAACUACGUCACGUCCAAGUAUGCCGUGCGCGGGUUCAUGGAAGCCCUGGACGAGGAGUUGCACCUGAUUGGGCAGGCCGACUUUGUCAAGACGACGACGGUGUUCCCGUUUGUGGUCAACACCCGGAAGCAGCUGAUGGACAAGAUGAACCGGACGCCGGGAGUCUCGACGAUGCCAAAGUUCUCCCCCGAGGAGACGGCCAAAACGGUGGUGAAGGCCAUCUGCCACAAUCAGCGCAAGGUUGUGGUUCCGGACGCGAUCAAAGCGUGGCAGCUUAGCUACUACGAACACAUCCCGAUUAAAAUUCGUCGAAUGAUGGACAGUGUCCUGAUGAAGGGACGACCCAUCGUGCUGGAUUAAGGGGCAGGUGCAAGCGUUUGCAUGUGGUGUGAGCAUGGUUGAUUGCUACAAUCUUAUCGAAUCGAAGCCAAGUUAAUCUAGCUAAGUUUAUUGAUUGGGUGUUUGUAUUGUUUGUUUCAAAAAUAAAUCACUUGUACCGUUUACCUUAA